AUGGCGACCAAAAGGUUCUCACUACAAGAGCUUGCUGAGCAUUCCCGGGAGGACAGUGCCUUCAUAGCCAUUAACGGUGUUGUAUGGGACUGCACUUGCUUUGCUGAAAAGCAUCCCGGUGGAGCAGAGGUCAUCGAGAGCGCCUGGGGUAAAAAUGCUAGUCAGCCAUAUAACGAAGUCCACAGUCCCGGACUCGUGGAGAGCUUUUUCGGCGAGGAAAAGUUCAUGGGAAUCCUCGAAAAUGACGGAUUCAACGAAAAUGGUCCGCAACGGGCGAAAAGAUGCCUACAGCCAAUCCAGAACAUUGUCAACCUUCUCGAUAUGGAAAAAGCUGCAGGGGAAAUUUUGACAGAGCGUGCCAAGGUGUAUAUCGAGGACGCAUCGAAUGACGGAGUCACCGCACGAUUAAAUAUACAAUGUUUCCAGAAAGUCCUCUUCCGGCCGCGUGUGCUGCGACCGGUGGGCUCUAUCUCUACAGAAGUUGAGAUACUGGGCAAGACAUACGGAUUGCCAAUCCUGAACGCUCCCGUUUCGUUGUCUAUGAUAGCCCAUCCCGAUGCCGAAAUAGCACUUGCCAAGGGCCUCG